AAUUCCACGAACACACAGAGGGUGUCAGGCUUGUACGACUAGUGGUAGACACUGUCCUAGUGGGAAGUGCAGGAAGAAGAGUGUGGACAGUUCCUGUGCUAACUACUAGCUAGCACAAUACAUUGUCCUAAGAAAAAUACGUACAGCCUAGGACUGUAUCUUCCCAGUCGUCAUCAUGUCGGGUGGUGGUCCAGCGGUGCGCGUCAGCAUCGAGUCCUCCUGCGAGAAGCAGGUGCAGGAGGUCUCUCUGGACGGGAUGGAGACGUACGUCCCUCCCCUCUCUAUGUCCCAGAACCUGGCCAAACUGGCCCAGAGGAUAGACUUUGGCCAGGGGUCUGAUUCAGACGGAGAGGAGACAGAGGGAGAGCCCAGGGAUCAGGAGUGGGGCAAGCAGGAACACGAGGAGGAUGAAGCCACAGUGAAGUUCCAGCCGUCUCUGUGGCCAUGGGACUCUGUACGCAACAACCUGCGCAGCUCCCUCACAGAGAUGUGUGUCUUGUACGACGUCCUCAGUGUGGUGAAGGAGAAGAAGUACAUGGCCCUGGACCCCGUGUCCCAGGACCCUACAGCUGGCAAGACCCCGCAGGUGUUCCAGCUGAUCAGCAAGAAGAAGUCUCUGGCCACGGCGGCCCAAAUGCUGCUGAAGGGGGCGGAGAAGCUCAACAAGUCUGUGGCGGAGAACCUGGAGAACCGGAGGCAGAGGGACUUCAACUCUGAGCUGCUCCGCCUGCGCUCGCAGUGGAAGCUACGAAAAGUCGGAGACAAGAUCCUGGGAGACCUCAGCUACCGGAGCGCAGGCUCCUUGUUUCCUCACCAAGGCACCUUUGAGGUGAUCAAGAACACAGACAUCGACCUGGACAAAAAGCUCCCAGAAGAUUACUGCCCACUGAACGUUCAGAUCCCCAGUGAUCUGGAGGGAUCCGCCUACCUCAAGGUGUCCAUCCAGAAACAGGCGCCAGAUAUCGGGGACCUGGGCACGGUGAACCUCUUCAGGAGACAACCCAAAACUAAAACAGGUACUCAGCCGUGGCAUGUGAAGCUGGAGGCGGCCCAGAACGUUCUGCUGUGUAAGGAGAUCUUUGCCCAGCUGUCCAGAGAGGCCGUCCAGAUCAAGUCCCAGAUCCCACACAUCGUAGUGAAGAACCAGAUCAUCUCCCAGCCAUUCCCAGGUCUGCAGCUGUCCAUAUCUCUGUGCCAUUCCACGGGCGAGAAGAAGAACCAGCGGGCCUCCCCAGAGAAACCCAAGCCUGACGACCACCUCUACGUGCUGGAGCACAACCUGCACCAGCUCAUGAGAGAGUUCCACAAGCAGCAGCUCAGCUCGGUGGUGAUGCCGCACCCCGCCAGCGCCCCCUUCGGCCACAAGCGCAUGCGCCUGGCCGGGCCGAUGGCCUACGACAAGGCGGAGAUCACGUCGCUGCAGCAGAACGAGGGGCUGCUGGAGAAGAUCAUCAAGCAGGCCAAGCACAUCUUCCUCCGCAGCAGGACAGCAAGAACCAUCGACAGCCUGGCCAGCCGUAUUGAGGACCCCCAGAUCCAGGCCCACUGGUCCAACAUCAACGACGUGUACGAGUCCAGCGUCAAAGUGCUCAUCACCUCCCAGGGCUACGAGCAGAUCUGCAAGUCCAUCCAGCUGCAGCUGAACAUCGGGGUGGAGCAAAUCCGAGUGGUGCACAGGGACGGCCGCGUCAUCACUCUCUCCCACCAGGAACAGGAGCUGCAGGACUUCCUCCUCUCCCAGAUGUCCCAGCACCAGGUUCAUGCCGUGCAGCAGCUGGCCAAGGUGAUGGGCUGGCACGUGCUGAGCUUCAGUAACCACGUGGGCCUGGGCUCCGUGGAGAGCAUCGGCAACGCCUCCGCCAUCACCGUCGCCUCGUCCAACGGAGAAUACGCCAUCUCAGUGCGUAACGGGCCAGAGAGCGGCUGUAAGGUUCUGGUCCAGUUCCCCCGGAGCCAGAGCAAGGAGCUCCCCAAGAGCGACGUGAUCCAAGACGCCAAGUGGAACCACCUGCGAGGGCCUUACAAGGAGGUCAACUGGAGCAAGAUGGAGGGACGCAACUUUGUCUACAAGAUGGAGCUCCUCAUGGCUGCCCUCACCCUGUGCCCUUAGAUAGGACCGCUCUCUUUACCUCGCCCUCACUAUUUUCUUUCUCUUUCUCUUGUAAAUACGAAGACAUGAAUACCUCGUCAGGGUUUCACUCUCUAGAAAUGGACAGGCCUUGUAUAUCUUCCUGGAGGGAAGGAUAGCACUCAUCAUGUUUGGCUAGUAUUCUCUAAUCAGAUUAACCGUAGUAAUGUAGCCAUGGAUUGGGGGAAGCUUACUUACAUCUUCCGUAGAACGAAUUAUGACCUAAAUAUCCUAGAGAUUUCAUUUCAAAAGAGGACAUAGUCGUAUGUACAGUUCAUAUCGCUGGAUAUUUUUAAGUUACAAUAAAAACAAACGCAAAGACAACCUUGGAAACCUCAAAACGGAAAAUAAAUAUAUAAUUUGUU